ACACAUAUUCCUUCUGAAGUUCACUUUAAAUUCCAUUAUUAACUGACUUCCUCAAAUCCCCCCAACUGAAUUUCAUUGUAUCACCUUGUAACAGUUCUCCAAAAUCAUCUUUCUACUACAAUUUACUCCUUCAGUUUACUAUCUUCAUCUCUUUUCUUAUUGACUUAAAUCCAUAUUACUAUUCAACAUUCUUAUUCUAAUCCUAGGCCUAUUUGAUACUUUCAAGUACCAUCUAAUUAUCUUAUAUUACAGUAUUUAGCUAAAUAAUCUUUAAAUUUCUUCCAAUCUUCUUGAUGCUCCUCUUCUUUCUGAUCGCGGAUUCUUCCAGUCAGGUCGGCCAGCUCCAAAACUCCAACAUCUUCAUCUGCCAUUCUUCUACCAUUGGUAUUUCUUGAGAUUUCCAAUUUUUGGCUAAUAACAGUCUUGCCGCUGUAGUGGCAUACAAAAAUAGUCUAACAUCUUUUUUGGGCAAUUCCAAUCCUAUUAUUCCAAGUAAAAAGGCUUCUGGUUUCUUAACAAAUGUAUUUUUCAACAUUUUUUUCAACUCAUUAUAAAUCUUUUCCCAGACGUCCACCACAUAUGAUAAAAAGCACCUUCUUUUUCUUUACACUUCCAGCAUAAAUUAUCAUUUGUAUGAUAAAUCUUUGCUAAUUUUACCGGGGUUAAGUACCACCUAUACAUCAUUUUCAUGUUUUCUUUUAAUACCGGGCGUGCAGUAAACUUAACCCCUUUCUUCCACAUCCUUUCCCAGUCUUCCAUCAUUAUAUGCAACCACUUUCUUGAGAGUAAGCCUCAUUGAACUCAGUGGGUCUAACUUCUGAGUAGAAGACGCGUAUAGGAUUCUGCUUGGAACCUCUUUCAAAAACCACGAUUAGAAAAGAAAAGAGGAAGCUUUUGUUUUCGCGGCGUGUGUGCUGUGUUUGUGUCUGUGUUUUGCUGUCCAUCGCGGCCGUGCUGCGCUCUCAAUGGCUACUUGCGUGAAAAGACUCGCAAGUAAGCGACGUACGCGAGUCUACAUCCUACGUCUACGGGUAGAGGAAGGAAAAAGACAACAUCCGGUCCCAAAAUGCCGCGGGCGAGAGGAGGUCUUGGAGGGAAUUAGAAAGAGGGGCGUAGGAGGAGAAGCAGGAGCAUGCGCAGUGCGUCUCGGCGGGCCGAAGGGGUUGCAGCGCUCUUUUGUUUGGCGGAGGUGGAGCGAACGCGGGAGGCCCGUUGUCCAACCGUCGCUCUGUUCUGCUUUGAAACGAGACCGGCUCGCUCCGUGCGCCGCUCGCCUCUCUCCCGCCCGUUUGUUUUUAUUUCCCCUCGUGCGUUGUUGGCGGGGCUGAAGAAGGUAAAACGGGCAGCGCGGGGUGGGGGCGCGCGCAGGGGGCCAACAUCGCGCGCGCGGGCUGGACGGCCAUAUUGGGGGGUGCUGAGGGAGGGGGGAUAUUCCUGGGUGAGCGGGGGCUCCUCUUGGGAAGAGAGGUACAGUAUUUAAAAAUGGGGGCGGGCUUUUCUGGGCAGAAAGGAAAUCGGCACAGUGCUUUCUGAGGAGGGAGGCGAAAUACGUGAGUUGGGAGUGGAGACGGCUAUGGCUCUUGCUAAGUGCGCCUGUGGGUGUGGGGUCCGAAAAGUGGGGGGGGGGGGAGGGAAGCGCAUAAUGUGUGGGGGAGCUAUUUCAAAAGGGGGAGACGUGGAGUGGACAGAGCCGAAGGAGGGGUGCAAUGGGAGGGGGGACCCGCGUACAUAAGGGGCGGCAUUUGCUGGGGAGCGUGGUUUCAUGUGGGAACGGGGAAAUCGUGAAGGCGUUGGUAGUAAAUAACGGUCGGGGGGGGCCUUAAUGAACGCGUACAGGAAUGUGGAGAAAGGUUUCCUAAAAGAAGCUGUAGCGGUAUCGUAAAUAGGGAUGUCCAAAUACAAGGGCCGGUGGAGGGAGCCUGUGUGUGCGCGCCCGCGCAUUUUUAAUAGGUGUUCGAGGAAGGUGCUCCAAAGAUGACGAAGGGGGUGGGUGAUGUGUGGAAGAAUGGAUGUAAAAAACACUAAGGGGGGGAUGCUUGCAAGAAGAAGUGUGAGUGCAGUGGGUGGUGAGUGCAGUGGGUAUAGGUCCGUCCGUCCUUCCCCGCCCCCGAAAGUGGGAGGAAAUAUGCAGAAAAGGGAUAAUAGGGGUGGGUUUACGUGGAGCUGAGAUGGCUAGACUUUGUUAGACAGUUAAUAAGGGGAGAUUAAAUGGUAGGAUAUUGGGGGGGGGGGGCGGAAUAAUUCUUCGAGAAACUAACUAUGAAAGUAAAGCUGUAGCGACUUUUUCCAAGGAAGGGGGAUCAUCUGCCCAAGGUGGUAGUGCUUGUGAAGUUGGUCACUCCUUUAGUGUAACAAGAAUAUUGACUGGGGUGCUGGGAUUGAGGCUGUUCCUGUGAAGGAGACAGAAGUGUUUCAGAGUCUGUAUUGGAGUGUAGCUGGGCUAAAAUGAGGGGAAAACAUAAAUGGAUUGUAUACAGAUUGUGUAACGACUAAUGUGGGUAGGAAGGGUGAAAUUAAAAUUUUAAGGUAGGUAGGUGAGGGUUUUUAUAAAUUUGCACCUCCAAACCAGCAUAAUCAUAGUGCAGUAUUGGAGGAAGGGAAAUGGGACCAUACAGCUAGGCAGUCUUGUAUGUAGUGGUGAUUGGAUAGAAGAAGAUAAGAGUAGUGAGUGGUGAGGGUGUUAAUUGACGUGGAAAACAGCCAAAAUGAUCACUGUUGAUUUGAAGAGUGCUAAUAGAUAACCAAGUCGUGUGGGUGAACAGGUUUAAUAUUUAAAAGAUAAAAAGAACUGGGGUGUACUGCAGGGAAAUAAUUAGGAAACUUAAGAUAUGUGAAUUUUAGUCGAUGUGGAUCUGUUUCUUAGAGUGAAAGGACCGCAUAAUGGGGUGCUAUUUCGAAUGUAUCUAGGCAGUGGUAUUGUAUGAUGGCUCACAUUGGCAAAUAGUGUUGCAUUUGAUGAGAGAGAUGUAUCUAUUUAUUACAUUUACGCCCCAUGCUUCUUCCAAGGAGCUCAGGUUUUGCCCCAUUUUCCCCCCUCUCUGUGGUAGGUUAGACUGAGAGGUAGUAACUAGCUUAAGAUCACAUUGUGAGACUUAUGACUGUGUAGAAAUGAACUUAGAUUUCCCUAGUCCCAUGUCCAGCAUUUUAUUCCCUAUGCCACCCUGACGUAUGUUCAAGACACAUAAGCAUGUAGACCCAAAAAUAAGGGCCCUGUGAGAUCAGCCUAAAGCCUAUCUAGCCCAGUUCCCUUUUCCCACAGUUAAGUAGCUUAAUUCAAUAUAUGUGGGAAGCCAAGAAACACAACGUAAGUGCAAUAGCCCUCUCCUGUUGCUGUUUGCCAGCAACUGGUAUUAAGAGAGAAGCAGUAUAUAAAGCCUUGCUCAGUUCUUACUUAUUUUGCAACUGCUGAUAGUAAGUACUUCUUUCUUUCUUUCUUUCUUUCUUUCUUUCUUUCUUUCUUUCUUACUAAUUCAUAUUCCUAAAGUGGCUUACAGUGAACUAUAAAAUAUAAAACUAAAAUACAAAUAUCACAACCUUAUAAAACACUGUAACACAACCACAAAGUGGAGAAUUAAAGGCUGUAGAUGAGGGUGGUCCAACUUUUCAUACCAAGUGGGCCGCAAGAGUACUUCAACAUAGAACCCUGGGCUGGGUAGGAAAGCAAGGCCCAAAAUUGAUGCCCCUGCCCCAGCCAUCAUGCUGCCUUCCCAAAGUCAGAUAAGCGAGGCUCUGGCAGGGUCCAAGAGCCCUCAUGCCUCCUUCCCAAAGCCCAGCACCUAGGUUUUGGGAAGGCAGCUCAUGGGCUGCCCCGGGGGCGGGGGUUAAAUGCUGCUGAGAGCCACCCUGGACCGCCCUGCUCUAGACAUUUCCCUUGAUUGAAAAGUAUAAUUUUUGCUAGCCAGAUAUAUCAGAAUUUCCCUACUUUCCUUGCUUAAGGUGAACAUGAUCUCUUAAAACUAAGUGUCUGAUCCUCUUAUGCAAGGCUCCUUUUCUUUGUGACGAACAAACUAAAUGAAGUUAUUUUUCAUUCAUCAUAUAUCACAAUAGUUCAUUUAUUUUACAGCUUGAUACCACAGGUGUCAUGCAUUGGUACAUUGGGGUGUUUUACUAUUAAAUAUCUAGUAACUACUUUAUCCCAGUCAGACUAAUUGUACUACCCCAUCAAACAACAUGGGAACAGCACAUAGGAGGAUGCAUUGGGCUGUUUAUAGCUACAAUGCUAGAAAGGUGUUUUUAAUGGAAAAUACUGAAAAAGCCAUUUUGAAGGUAGAAAAGUGAUUAGUGUAGAAGCAGUGGGGCUAUGCGUAGAUGAGUUUCAAAAGUAUAUAAACUUCAGGCCUUCUAGGUUGCAUUUUUCAUUUGCUACUUGAUUCAUACUUCUCAAGUGUGUUUGCAAGGCUGACUGGAGGACAGAGAGGAGUAUAUGUAGGAACUAGUGUACUGUAUAGGUAAAGGCAAACUUUGCAUCAAUAGCUCUGCCAACUUUUCCAUCUGGCUUCACGCACCAUUGGCAUAAGGUCCCUGGAAGAUUACCUGGAACGGAAGGCAGCCCUCCAGCUGAAAGAUUAACAAGGCACACUGACGAUAACGCCUAUUCAUGCAGAGGUAGCUUUGGUUUGGGAUGUUAGGGGAGGGGUAGUACCUAUGGUGAAUGACAUGUCGUGCUCCUAGGGUACUUUGUCCAGCUUUGGGUCCCCACCUGCACUCAGCUCUCCACUGCAGCUCCUAGAAGCUCUCAGUAUGAGACAGCGGCCGCAGCGACCCUCACCUGGUUUAACCAACCAGUCAAAGCCAUUUCCUGGGGUGUGGCCGCUGUCUCAUGCUUUGGAGGUGUGUCAACCUGGGAAGUUAACCCAUCUAGGAAGACUCUGAUCCUACACCUCCAGUGUCUUGUGUUACAUCUUUGGGAGAAGAAAAGGCUAAGGAGUAAUCCCUACACAAAUUCAGAGUGGAGUCCCUAAGACAGUUGAAUGGCAUCUUGUAUGUCUCCUUUCGGCAACUUCUGCAGCCAACCUGGUGCCAAAUGUAUUGCUCUGCUUUCAUUUGGAACCACAUCAGCGAGGCCAUGGGGUGGGGUCUUGUCAUCUUGGCAGCCCAGGAUCUCCGUACACACUGUCUAGGCUUGUGCCGCCAAUGCAGCAGUUUGACUUUGCUGGAGACACUCCUUUGCCUCUCAAGACAAUCCACUUUGAGUUUGGCUCAAGGGGCCUAUAAAAGGAGCUACACCACUUCUGAUCAAAGGUGGUGGGAAUUCUGAGGACUGAACUGAACGAAAAUUUAAGGUCAAUUGAAACCAUUUUCUCCUCAUAAUAAAGGAACCAAAUUUAAAGGUUCUGGAAUCUGAAUUGUGUUGUAUUGGGUAGGGUUGCCAGACAGUGGGAAGCCAAGAAACACAAUAUUAAAUGUCUGGGAAAAUCCGGACGUAUGGCAACCUGUGUUGGCUGAUGAGUUUUUUGCGAUUUACCUUAAAAAUAGUUCCCAAAUAUUCCCCCCCCCCAAAAAAAACCCCUCAAACUUUGUGCAUGUAUGUAGGCAUCAGUGUGGAUAACAAAGCAGGUCAAAGUAAUUGAAAUGGAGCCUGAUGAAAUCUAUAUAGCCCACUUUCAAUUUCUUAGUCAUGGGGUAUACAAGAUGGAGUCUGUUUUAUAGACCACAGGCACCUUUGAAACAUUGUGUGAAACCCAUAGAGAUCUCACUGAAACGCUUGAUAAUUGUAUUGAAGCCCAUGAGGAAUAUGAAGUCCCAGUGCUUCCAGGUCAUGCUGGUUAAGAAUAAAAUUCCUUGUACUUGAAGAUGCCCAGCUACUCCCCUCCAUACCUCAGAGUAAAAAAAUGAUGUUUCUUCCCAACUACUUUACUGUUCCUGAGAUACACUUCCAAAAAUUCUGAGCUUUGGUACUGUAUAGGACUAACACCAAGCUGUGCAGAUCGCAUGUUAUUUCCCUCCUGGUUGGAAGGAGGAAAAUGUCUACACAAUGUAAACUGGUUUUAAACUAGUUUUAAUAUGGUUUUCUUCCGUAAAAGAAUUUUGGAAACAGUGACUUCAUGAAUGUGCCAAGAUCCCAGCAUUUGUGAGGGAGACAGGACUAGUUUAAGCUUUGUGAAAUUGUGUUCUCUAAAAAUCUUCCUUCCUCCCCAUUCAGCUGCUGUUUGUGGGUCUCUUUCCCUAGCCAGCCAUCCUUCACUGCAAACGAGACCCAUUUCCUCUAAAACCUAGCUGUGCUUGACGGCCCCUUUUGCCUAUGUUUUAUCAGACCCCGACUGAGACAAGUGCAUCCUCCUGCUGAGAGAUGCUUUGCCUGCAGAAGCCCAGCAUAGCUUUCUUUUUCCGGUAGACUGUAACUUUUCAUUUCCAGAAAAAGCAAGCUGUUUAAUCUUCUAUGCUUGCUGGGUGCCCUUGUGGUGCCUCCACCACUCAUGGAUGCCUUCUCUCCCCAGCACUGCCGUGCUUGCUGUAUAGUCACAAACAUAGUCCUGUUGUUUCUGAAAGUGGUGGAGGGAGGAUAUGGUGGGAAUUUUUCCUGCUGCAAGCAGAAAGGCCUGGCCUGAAGAACUUCAAAGUUCUGCAGAGACAGAGUGAUUCUGUCUCCUGCAGAGCCUGCUCCUUUUGGAAGAAAAAUGUUAGUUUUACGGAGCUUCCUACAGUUGGUCCAAGUGUUCAGUACAGUGGUGCCUCGCAAGACGAAUGCCUCGCAAGACGGAAAACCCGCUAGACGAAAGGGUUUUCCGUUUUGGAGGUGCUUCGCAAAACGAAUUUCCUAUGGGCUUGCUUCGCAAGACGAAAAUGUCUUGCAAGUUCCUGCGGGGUUUUUUUCCUUUCCCCCCCCUUUUUCCCAAGCCGCUAAGCCGCUUAUCAGCUGAUCCGCUAAGCCGCUUAUCAGCUGAUCCGCUAAGCCGCUUAACAGCUGAUCCGCUAAGCCGCUAAUGCUGUAGCGCUAAUCCGCUAAACCGCUAAUGGGCUUGCUUCACAAGACGAAAAAACCCGCAAGACAAAGAGACUCGCGGAACGGAUUCUUUUCGUCUUGCGAGGCACCACUGUAUAGGUUAACACUGUCAUAAGUUGCUUGGGCAACAAACAAAUCGUAGGUUUGGCAGAUGGAACAUGUUGAGCACAGUUGUGAUUCAUAUGCCAUAUUUUAAAGUACCUAGAGUUGGGAAAAGCAUUAGUUUUUAUGCAAUUGCAUGUUGAGGCAAGGGGAAAGUCUUAACAUAAAUUCCAGAAAAGGAGUCAUGUAUGUCCUGUUGCAGAAAAAGGCAGAACCUGAUUAGCUGUCAUAGGAAAGUGUUCACCAUGAGGUGCUGCAUCUACUUUUUAAUAAUCAGUAUAUGUGGAUAGAUGUUGUACAGCAAGGUUUGGGUUUAUGUGGGUCCCACUGAUAUUGAUGGGCUUCAGCGUUUCACUGUGCUUUUGUGACUACAUAUUGUAUCUCUUUUAUUUGUGUCACUUUGCAGCUUCUGGAACAUUUUUCCUACACUGUACAUUUCCCUGUGUAUUUUUAGAUUAAAAUGUUUUCAUAUUAAAAAAUAAAAUGACAAGACAGACAAAAAAUUGUAAGUGUCACGGAUCUCUGGUGUUGACAAUUGCAGUUUCUAAAGCUAUAUAUCUGCAUUAUCUCUUUAACAGCCUCCUUAAAACUGCAAAGCUGGCGAGCACAAUGGGAAAAAAGCAGAACAAGAAGAAAGUGGAGGAGGUCCUAGAAGAAGAGGAGGAGGAGUAUGUCGUGGAGAAGGUCCUUGACCGGCGGGUGGUGAAAGGGAAAGUGGAAUACCUGCUCAAGUGGAAAGGCUUCUCAGAGUAAGGCUGCUUUCCCUUUAUUUCAGCUUUGCAAACUAAUCUUUAAAGGUUAGUAGCCCAUAAAAUCAGUAGCCUCUUGGUCCACAUAUACUUGUGGUUAAUCUCUUUGCGCACUGGUGUUGAGAGAGGGGAACAUCUCUUCCGGUUUUCAAAGCCUUGCUUGCCUUGUCACCCAGGAGCUGUUUAGAAGCCUUCUUUUUUUAUCUUGCUCUAGGCUAGGGUGAUGUGCCAGGGCUGCUGAAUACCUGCGUCUUAAAAACCAACCCAGUUUCCCCAUCCCAUUUCUGGUUAAUUCAUGGUCUUGAAAUCUUCUUUUGGAAUUCUUCCAGAUAUAUGUGGGGAUUAAUUCUGUUCCUGCAGGAGGAAAAACAUGUUUGAGAAACAGGUGUGGUUUUUUCCUUCCCAAAAGUACUUUCUACCUUGAAAAUUCUGUUUGAGGCCCAGUUUGGCAGCAAAUGAAUGUUUUCACGUGUGUGGAUGGCUUGUAUGUGUUCAGAGUGCAGGUCAGCCUCAAACUGAUUGUGUGCUUCUGGGCAAAUAAGCAGUCCUCAGUUCUGCUGUAAGGGGUGCUUGAGGGGGAAAGUAUCUAAGACUGCUAGUUAUGUGUAGGAGAAAGCAACCAUGCCUAAAAGUAUUUAUCUGCCUGUUUAGUGUUGAAGCUGAAAAUCUGAUGUGCUUGUAGAGAAGUUGCAAUUUCUGCAGAAGGCUUCCAGGUCUGCACUUACACUUUUUCCUUCUCCUAAAUAAUGCAAAUCUGGGGUCCAUCUCAUUAAGUCAGCACCCAGUCAAGAAUAACAGAGAGCUGAAAAUCUGGUAGCUUUACUCUGCCCUUAUCACUCCCUAUUCUGCCUUACAGCAGUCCAUCAGCUUUAAGUCACAUUCUCAAGUUUACAACUUUAGGGUGUCUUUGCAUUUCCAGAAAACCUUUCAGGAAUCUCAACCCACCAUGUCAGGAUUCUAGCAGAAAUUGCCUAUCAUUGCAAAAAUCUGUAGAUUUUAAGUCUUCCCCAUUCCUAUAAAAGUCAUUUUUAUAGAUUUUGUGCCAAGAAUUUACAGGUCCCAUAACGAGGGAGAUAAAUUUCUUAAAGGGGCUAUUUUGCAAAAAAACUCUAGUUACAAAAUAUGGUAUUUUGCAGUCCUGUCCAGCUGAUAAUACUUAUAUGGUUUCAGCGAAGAUAACACGUGGGAGCCAGAGGAGAACCUCGACUGCCCUGACCUCAUUGCGGAGUUCCUGCAAUCCCAGAAAACUGCACAUGAAAGUGACAAGUCAGAGGGAAGCAAGCGCAAGGCAGAAUCUGAUUCAGAGGAUAGGGGGGAGGAAAGCAGACCAAAGAAAAAGAAAGAGGAGGUAAGGCAGAUUCUCUCCAUCUGUGGCCCAAUGAGGGUUGCUUUAUGCUUUGUAGUUAAAGACAAAAAGGACUGAUUGAUGUUUCUGAAAGGGUAAAACACUAGCUAACAGCAGUGAUCUUUAUUGCCUUCUUAAAGUGAGCUACAUAACUGUGUAGUGUAGUGCCUCAGCUGCAAGUUUCUUUGGGAAUAUGGUUGACAUUCAUUAGUCUGUGGUACUAGUGGUGUUUCUCACCAGAAUCUCUGCCCCCAGCCCAGUUACCUGCCCAUCAGAGAAUGUGGCUAUGUGUUCUUUCAAUUUUGGGGAUGCACCUGCUACAGUGGGAAGACUCAAUUUGCUGUGUUAGUAUGCUGGAAGCAAAGUGUCAUGGUCCUGAUUGCACUGGUGCAUUUAAAAAGUUGGAUCUGGUGACUUGGCUGGUGGUGGGCUUCUGUUUUCUCAUGUAUUUCUCUUUGUAGAGUCUGCCCUGUGUCUUGCCUUGCAUUCUGUUGAAUACAGCCUUUUUUCAUUCUGCCUCUAAACUCUUUCUAGCCACAUUAUCCCUCCUUUUUUCUUUCAAGACAAGAGACUACUGAUAGUAGUUUUGUGUGGUUAAGUAAAAACAGCCAGACCAUUCCAAUAUUUUUUAUGUAUGGGUUCUCAAAAGUUCAGUUCUCUUCCCCACUCCCCAUUGUUUGCAUUAUUUACCCUUUGUUUGUCUGUCUGUCUGUCUGUUUGUUUGUUUGUUUGUUUGUCCUCCCUUUAUUUAUUGGUUAAUGCUUAGCACUUCCAUCCCUUUUAUAUUGUUGCAUUUUCCUGUUAGCACACAACUCUUCCUCUUCAUUUCUGAAUUCAAGUUUUUUCCUGUCUUUGCUUCACACCCUCCCAUUUUCAGCUGUUCCUCUCCAGCUCUUUUCUCCACAUCCUCCCUUGGAAACAUAACAUAAUUAAGUUGGGCUUACCAAAAUGUAGCUCUGAAGUCUUUCAAUGCCGGAGCUUUGUUCUGGAAUAUACUUCAUGGUAGUAUGAAGAAGUUUCUCAGCAAAUUAUUUCCAGGAAUGGUUGAGCCCAACACCUCUCCUCAGCCGAGGAAGAAACCAGAAUGCAACAAGAGCAGGUUCUCUGCCUCACUAGCAUACUCCGUUGUCUGUUUCUCCCUCCCUCCCUCCCUGCCAGCUAAGUUCUUGCUCUAGCAAGCAAGGCAAUUGCUUCAGUAGUGCCACACAAAUAUUUUAUGGUAGAUUAAAAGUGGGAAAGAUUCUGGAAGUUUAUGGGUGUGGUCUUGGAAUGAGCUGUUUAAAAUUGCAGUGCCAAAUAAGAAACCCUUUAUGUCUUAAAACCUCCUUGUUUAAUAUGCACUGUAGAGCAGUGCCAUAUUAUAAAGAGCUUGAAACUGAUUAAACUGGUAGCAUGUACCAGAGAAGCUUGAAUAAUAUUUUUGUGAGUAUGCUAAGAAUUCUUGCUGGAGAUCUAACACUUUCGCAGAUGUAGAAUUAAUGGGAUUCUUAGGAAUUGCAGUAGCUCAAACAGCUUUAAAACUAGUUCAAAUCUCAUAGUAUAAUUAUGCAUGGACAAAGCAUCUACAUCAUGUCACUCUUGAGUUGGAUAUCCUCCUCCCCCAAAGUAGGUCACUGGAAAGGCAUUUUCUGGCAGUUGUUUUGCCUCUGCAUAACACCAAAUGAAGUUCAAUGUCUGUUUUCUCUGUCACCCUUUAAAGGCAAUAAUCAGAAACCUUUCCAAUUCUUUCAUCAGGCUGAGAAGCCUCGAGGCUUUGCAAGAGGGUUUGAACCAGAGCGGAUUAUUGGUGCCACAGACUCCAGCGGAGAGCUCAUGUUCCUGAUGAAAUGGUAAGUCUGUUCCUUUGUCUUUUCUCCCUUGUGCAUCCUCCAUGAAAGAUUAGAAUCCAGAUGUUGAAUUUUUGGGAAUACAGCUACUUAAUGGUGUGAGUGUCUGUAAUGAGAUCAGGUGGCAAGACCAUUGGUUCUCUAACAUUUUUAAAAGUUUAGGAGGGGGCUAAUUAUCUUAGCUGCAGAAUGCUGUUACUAUACAGCCUCAUCACUUUGAUGACCUCUUGCAUUUUGAUCUGCUGCUUUCUAGUUCCUUGCAAGUGAUUUAUAUGAAACUUGGAAUCUGCUUUCUCUGUUGUGUAAGAUUCAACUGUCUUUUACUUGCAAGCAUUCUGAGGUCAUAACUGGAAAUAACUAGCUCUUGCAACCCAUUCCCACAAUCCUUCCAUGCCCUGAGGAAGGAUUGUGUGGAUCAGGCAGGUAGAUGUAUGCUUAUCAAUCGUAUUUUGCAUUAUAGGCAUCAGGAUUUGUGGCCAAUGAUUCUAUGAACUGGCAAGUGUUAAGGUACCUCAGAUUUGUAUUAUCCUUCUGGACAAUAAUCUUCGGUGUGCUUAUGCAUCAAUAGCAAAGCCAUGCAUUACAUUCACAGUAUUAUCCAGAGCUUUAAGAUCACAUGACCCCAGACUCAGCCAUAUGCACACACAUUUGGCAGAAAUGUUAAUGCUAGAAUGAUAGCUUCAUACCUUCUAUUUGGGAUCAAUCCCAAAUUUCCCACCUCUUGGUUGUACAGGAAGAACUCUGACGAAGCUGAUCUGGUCCCUGCCAAGGAAGCAAAUAUCAAGUGCCCGCAGGUGGUCAUCUCGUUCUAUGAGGAAAGGCUGACAUGGCACUCCUAUCCAUCAGAAGAUGAUGACAAGAAGGAUGAGAAGAACUAACCUGCCUCCCCUUCUGCCCCAUCCUUCCUCUGGCCGACUUUUGUAUUAAAUCAUCAAACUGUGGGUUUGAACAUGAGUGAGAAAGUGAAGAGGCGGCUGUGGAAGAUGCUCUCUGUAGAAACCGGACAAUUUCUAUGCCCGUGACAACAUGCUGUCCCCUUUCUUCCUUUCUCAUCAUAUAUACAUGAGGAAAGAGGAGAGAAUUGGUGAGUUCCCAGCUGUUCUUUGCUUUGGGGGCGGGGUGAAGCAAAAAUAACUAAAAAUAAUAGUUGGAACAGGCUGCCAAAAGGGAUAGCAGGCAGAGGCUGUGUGUUCUUCAGAGACCAUCUCUGUGAUCUACAGCCUUACUCCCCAAUAGUGUUAAUUGCAUUUUUACAGAUUAGCAUGCGUGUAGUUUUUCUUUCUUCCUUUUUGCUAUUAUCGGUGUAUCGUUGGGGUGGGAAGGGAGGGUGCAUUCUGAUUGAUUUGGGGAGGGCCAGUUCAUGGUAUCUGUAUCCAGAAUUGCAAUUCUUACAAAAUACAUGCCUCCUGCUGCAAGUGGAAUUGAUGACUCCUGCGAGGCUGGAGCUUUAUGUGUCUAAGUGUUAAAAGUUACAAUUUGAUUGCAACCAUGAAUACAGUCACCUUCCAGAAUUAUUACUGCGGGAAUUGGAAAGGAGGCAGCUUCUUCAUAUUUUGCCCUCUAGUCAUAGUGAGGGCACUCUGCCCCCAAACCAUGUGACAAUUUUUUUUAGUACCUCUGCAUCUUUUUUCUUCUAACCAACCAGAAACUGAGGGUUUUUAGCCUCUCCCCCCCCCCUUGUAUGUAUGUGGCAUUUUAGACAUCCUUUUAAUUAAGGGGAAGGAAAGUAGGGGUGAAAUCUACCCCCUACAGCACAAGGUAGUAGUAGGUUUCAGAAUAUUCUGUAAACAACUAUCUUCUGUUCAGACUUGGGCAUUUAUGAUUGCUUCCCUUGCUCUAGUCCUACCCAUUUCAUUUUUAAGCUAACGAUACUUUGUUCUUCCAAAGGACAAUUUUACCUCUGACAUUCAAACACCCCACAAGCCACUGACCCCCCCCCAUUCAUCCUUUGUGGGGGGGUAUGUACGUAGAAGUGUACAAACCUUUUUUUAAAAAAACAAAGCAUGUUUAGGUUUCUGUGAAAAUGUUGUCUAAAACUCAAGUGUUUGGAUUUUAACUUCAUACUGAACUGUCUUUUUGUCUCAAUAAAACUUUAGAUUUAUAGUCCUGCUCUUUUUCUUCUUCAUCUGGUCAAGGCCUUCCUUGAAAAUAUUCUACAACUCGAAGUACUGACUUGCAACUAGAAAAUAUUGUAGGAAUAAGUGAUAUGCUGAACUGAGAAGUAUUGCAGGGGAAAUGCAGUAUGUUAUAUUCCCUCAGUCAUUGUAGGGUCACCAAAUUGAGCAUUACCUUUUAUCACAACACAGGGCUACCAACAAAAGUGCAGAAAAUUAAAGACACCAAACAAAUCCUCAAAUAGUGAAUAAGCCAUUUUAUUUUUGUCCUGUGCUCAUACGCUCUCGCUCCUCUCCCCAACAGGUCAUAGAAACCAUUCAAAAUAAAACCUCUACAG